GGAUGACGGUGACAGUGGCACAGACUACUUCAACCCUGAUAUGGCUGGUACUCAGUUGCAACGUGAUGAAUGCGUAGGAGAUGCAUCCCUUCCUGACACCUUUCAGACAAAUGAACUGCUUUAUUACGAGAGAUUCAAAGCCUAUCAAGACUACACGCUAGGUGAUUGUAAAACAUCAGAGGUGAAGGCCUUCACAGCUGACUACCUGGAGAAGGUUCUGGAGCCUUGUGACUGGCAGGCACAGUGGUGCACAGACGUGUUUGAUGUGCCAGUGGAGAUGGCGGAUGUGAACUAUAAGGAGCUGAAAGCCAAGGUGAAGCUGGUGGUGCCCCUGCAGUGUGAGACGAGAGGCUGCGAGCUCACAGAGGCGGCCAUGAAUACCCUCUUAGAGGCCACACUGCACAAAGUGCCUCUGCAGGAGCUCCAUGUGGUGUUUGAUGAGUCUGGGGACUUUGACCAGACUGCGCUGGCACUUGAGCACCUCCGGUUUUAUGAUAUUCUGGAGGAUCGGGUGCCUGCUGGACUUGUGACAGAGUAUUACUCUCUUUUGGCACGCUGCUCUCAGAAGUUCCAGGAGUUUUCUAGCCUGCGGAACGGCAUCAGCAGCGACUCGGAGUCGGAGCUGGACAACGUGUCCAUGGUGGAGGGCCUAAGGAUGUACGAGCAGAUGGAGGCUCUGAAGCGCAAACUCCGGAUCAUUGAGAACCCGCUGCUCAGGUAUGUGCUGGGAUACAAGGUGAACUCAAGGCAGCAGGCUUGCAGGGCCAAGGGGCCUCGUGUCUCCGGUGGCCGGAUGGUCCAUGUCGUGUCCGUCUCCACUACAGUCAGCCAGCUGCAGAGCCUGAUGGCAGACAAGCUAGGACCCAAAUUCUCAGGGGAAGAGUUUGAAAUACAUUUUCACAGUGAGCCCCUGCUGGCUGUGAGUGCCUGCUACGAGGGAGACGUGGUCAUCAUCCUUCAAGGACACUACACUGUCACCAGCUCCAUCAGUAUCCCAGACUCCAUAUCAGUGGAAGGGUUCGGCCUACCUGAUGAGGUGGUGAUUGAGAAGAAGAACAAAGGGGACUCGUUUGUGGCGUCAACAGGAGCCGACGUGAAGGUCUCCAACGUCAAGUUCAUCCAGCACGACGCUGUCGAAGGCAUCCUCUGUGUACAUCAGGGUAAGCUGGAGAUGGAGAACUGUGUCCUUCAGUGCGAGACGACCGGUGUCAUUGUGCGGACGUCAGCCCACUUGACUAUGAACACGUGUGACCUCUACGGCUCUAAGGGAUCUGGUGUGGAGAUCUAUCCUGGCAGUGUCUGCAGUAUGGUGGGAAAUGGCAUACAUCACUGCAAAGAAGGUAUCCUGAUCAAGGACUUUGCUGAUGAGCUGGACACCAUGCCCAAGAUCCCCAUGGUGAACAAUGUGAUCCACAACAACAAGGGAUACGGAGUGAUCCUGGUCUCGGUGGUGGACGACUGCUCUGUGAAAGAACCAGUCUCCUGUUCGUCUUGUUACGCCGUUCCUCCGGAGUUCACGGAGUGCAACGAUGCCAUCAAGAGGGAGCUGGUGGCCACAUCAGCCAAGAAGCAGCGUCGCCAGAAGAGCAUGCUGAAGGAGCUGGGAGUGACCCAGGCAGAUGACAACCUGCUCUCCCAGGAGAUGUUUGUCUCCAUACAGGACAACCAGUUCAGGAGAAACGGCAUGGGCAGCUUCGGCACCUUGUACUGAGACUAACUGACCCUUCUUCCUGUUCUGUUUUCCGUACAUGCACAAUCACACUUUUACUUGAUUUAUUCCAACCUCUUUGCUAAAUUUUGCUGCACUGACUA